AUGCUGGCCAUUCUUACCGCCACGACCUCCUUUGCACAAACCGCCGACAGCUGCGGCAAGUGCGUCACAGAAUUUGACGCCGCCGGCGGCUGUGCAGCCAUGCGUGCGUAUGCAUCAGUCGACGCGUUGGUCCCUGCGGGGUGCCACCAUUGCGGGGACGAGGCAGCCGUGCACUGCGGAGUCGAGCCCGGCUCGGCCAACAUCCCCGCCGGCUCGGCCAACAUAAGGUACGAGCGCAAGUACUGCUCCGCCGAAGGCGUCCCGAUGUACGAAACCUGUGAGGGCUGCGGAGCCGCCCGCGGCGCGUGCUCUGGCGACUGCACAAACGACGACGGCAAGCACGCCAACUGCAUGGAAAUCUCGUGGGCGGAUGGCGGCGUCUCGACAAAGGCGGAGUGCCGCAACAUGACGCACGUGUCGCUGCACUUUGAUGAGGCCGGGUGCACCGGCAAGCUCAUUAAGGAGCUGGAGGAGCAGGCCGACUGCUACAUGAUCGACCAAGACAGCGGCUCGUACGUGGACGUCGUCGAGCCGCCGGCUGCGAGCAGCGACAGCGGCCGCGGCCACGCUCCCGCCAGCAGCCACGGCUCGGCUCCGCCGCCGUUGCGGUUCUGGCACCUCACCGACGUGCACCUCAACCUGUGGCACUCCGCGCGGGCGGACGUGCGCGACAUGUGCCGAUCCGCCGCGCCGAGCGCCGAGCGACGCCCGGGCAGCUUUGGCCACUUCAAUUGCGACCCUGCACCUGACGGCCUCCUGCGGUUGGCCGUCGCGCGGAUGGCCGAGGCAGAGCCGGCGCCCAGCGCGAUCCUGCUCGGCGGAGACGACCACGGGCACGUCCCUCCGUCGCGCGACGGCGCCUCCGCCCUCUCCGCCUCGCGGCGCGCCGUCGCCUCCGCCCUCGCCGCUGCGUUCCCGUCGGUGCCGGUGCUUCCGGCUCUUGGCAAUCACGACACCUGGCCGUACUUCACGGCGGGCGAGGCGGCGGGGAGCGCGUUCGCCGAGCUGGCGGAGCUGUACGGCGGCCACCUCGCGCCGGCGCAGCGGCGCCACCUCGCUAGCCGCGGGUACUACUGCCACCGGCUGUCGCGGCGGGUGAGUAGAUGCUCCGUUAGGCGCAGUUUGGUCCUCAAGUAG